AUGCAGACAGUGUCACUUUCACACUCGAGACUAAACACCCACUUCACCACCACAGCUCGCCGCGUUACGAGCCCCUGCAUCGCCCCGGCGCGGCCCCAGCAGCGGCGCGGCGGCCGGGCGGCGCAACAGCUGCUGCGGGCGCGCGCAGAGGUGCAGCAGGCGCCGGCGGCGGCACCGGCUGCUCAGCAGUCUGUCGACUCUGACGGCGAGGAGCGCGUGCCCCCUGGCUGCGCCCGCUACACCGUGGAGCUGCCCAAGCCGCUGGGGCUGGUGCUGGAGGAGGGGAAGAGCGGGCGGGGCGUGUACGUGGCGGAGGUGGUGCCCGACAGCAACGCCGCGCGGCUGGCCCCGCAGAUCGGCGUGGGCGACGAGCUGGUGGCCACCACGGGCAUGACGUACACCACGGCGCAGGAGUACCAGGGCAACACUGUCCGGGGAGGCGAGACGUACGUGCGCCUCAACGUGCGCAACAACACCUUCUCCACGGUAAUGGCCGCCAUUGGCUCCGUCAAGCCGCCCCGCCUGGUCACCCUCGAGUUCCAGCGCUGCGAUUAG